AUGUUGAACUCAACAAUUUUGACAAAGAAAAUUCUUUCCUCCAUGAUGGCUCAUCGUGAUGGAAAAUCCCUUCUUCUCGGAACAAUGAAAAUUCAUUGUUGUCCAUUGUUAACAUUGCAAAGAAGAAAUUAUGCAUCUAGUUUUCAUCAGGAUCAUAAAGCCAAACAUGAACAAAAUAUUGCACUCUUAUUGAAUCAAUUCACUACCCGAUGGAAUGAUGUAACUUUGCGUUCAGAACUUUCGUUAAUUCGGAGGAAAUUGGUAAAUUUUCAACAAAGUUUUUUGAAGAAUGAUCGGACCAUUCUCUCUACUUCGAAUAUCAAACAAGCUCUUCAAGGAAGUCAAUAUUAUUUGGCACACCCAUACGAAAGAAAGACUGUUCUACAGGAGAGACAAUAUUUAAUUAAUCAAGUGAAUAACAUGUUUCAGGAAGCAAAAAUGGGAGCAUGUUUCACAGAUAACAACAUGACGGAAAGCAACGAACUCAUUUCACAAAAUGCCACCAAGACCACACGAGCAAAAGAAACUACGUUUGACAUUCAUGUGUUUAACAUGUUCUUUGAUAUUUAUAUCAGAUUACGUUCCACUGAACAUGUUUGGGAAUUGGAACAAUACAUGGAACAGCACAACAUUAAGCCCAAUUUAACCACUCUCAUCUUUUUAACAGAUGCUUGUAGAAUUGAAAACAAAAUUGAGAAAGCUGUGCAAUACUAUCGUAUGGCUGUCACGAAAUGGAGUGAUACCAUUACUUUGGAUACUUCAUACUGGAACCAUUUAUUGUCAGCUCUCGCUCUUAGUGGAACAGAUAACAUGAGCAAAGAUACCUCAAAUACUGCACUCAGUGUGAUAUCUCAGGAUAAUGCAUUAUUGGCCAAAUAUUUCUCAAUCAUGAUUGACUCUGGUUAUGAGCCGGAUGAAGACACUUUUCGCUUUGUGAUACUUGGAUCAAGAAAUAUUGAUGACAUGAUGAACACUCUUGACCUUAUGGAAAAUCAGUAUGGUCUCUAUUAUUUGAAAUGUUAUGAUUCGAUAUCCAUGUUUUUGGCGAAUAAUCACUUUGAUCCUAGCAUGGCAAGCAAUUUGUAUCAGAGACUUGUCAAAAAUAGAAAGCGAUUCAAAGAUAGUCGAAGUCAGACGUCAUUCGCAUUGGAUCAAUCAUCUGCAAAGACUCUGGGAUCUACUGACGAUGUAUCUCCAACGGAGCAAGCAUUAGAAUUUCAACAUGGUUUAAAAUUGGAGCUUACCAGUGUUUUUGAGCAUUUGAUUCAUGCAUUUAUUCCACCCAAUAACAAUUUAACAACAGAAUUGAAUUUUGACAUGAUACUCACUAUUUAUGAUCAUGCUGUAACAGUAGAAAAGUUAAAACCAACGUCACACAUGAUGGAAGAUUUAAUAGAUGCUUAUUGUCGAGUUGGAAACAUGAAAGAGGCAUGGAUUAUUUUGAAGAGAAUGAAAGAACUCAAGUUGUUCAAAAACAACUCGAUGAGAAUACAUUGGAAGAUGCUUCUCUCGUACAAGCGUCAAAAUGAUCUUAAGGGAGCUUCUACUGUGAUGAAAGAUGCUUUGGAAAGUAGGGUGAAGUUGAACGAUGCAAUCAUUAGACUCUAUUUUGAACUGUUCAAGGAUAGUGACGCAAUGGAACCACUUGUUAUUUUCUGUUCUUUAAUUGAUGCAGGUUUUGUAAAUAUUACUCAACAUAGGCAUCUCAUUUCCAUCAUACUUUCGGUGUAUGGAAAUUUGAAGAAAAAGUUUGGAAUUAUUACUGAUCAACAUUUAGGAAGGUUUGAAGCAGAUGAUCAAAGUGACCUGUUCAGAUUUCAAAAAAUAUCCGAACUAUUGAGGGAACGAGGAAUACGAUUGAGAUGA